UUCUUGGUUGUUUUAAUGACUUGGGACAGCUGAGAAAGAAAACACACGAGCAAUGACAGCAUCGGCGGUGACGCUGGCGUGAAGCAAAGCAGCACUGAACGCAGCUCUGACGCGCUUGGCUCAGCAGCGCGUCUGGUGCACACAUAUAAAGCCCAGUGCGCACCAGGCGCACUUCAGAUCAGAGGAGACGCAACGGCAUUGCGCACAGACACCCCGAGAACACCCUGGAAAUUAUGCAUUCUAACUUCAUCAGUUGGGUGGGGACCCUGGGGUUCCUGCUGUGGGCGCUGCUGUGCCUGGGCACCCUGACAAACGGCUACCCGGUGAAACCAGAGAAUCCUGGCGACGACGCCCCUGCUGAGGACCUGGCCAAGUACUACUCAGCCCUGAGACACUACAUCAAUCUCAUCACAAGACAGAGGUAUGGCAAGAGGUCCAAUCCCGAGAUACUGGACACACUGGUGUCAGAGCUGUUAUUGAAGGAGAGCACAGACGCUCUUCCACAGUCAAGAUACGACCCAUCAUUGUGGUGAAAAGGUCAUCAGCCGCUCUGACCUCCAUGUCUAAACUUCAUGUCAUCGUACACGUACCAAAAGGACCACCCUGCCUCCGCCACAUUCCUCAGAGGAGCAACCGUUUCCCCUCCUUGCCCAUCUGCUACCGUUCUGCUGCGUUGUGCCAUCAAAUUGUAAAUAGUUGACCCACAGUCAUCAUCUGUGAAUGUUGAAAGUAAACUGGGGGGGGUGAGGUUUGUCAAUUGUAUUGUAUAUUUGUGCAAUUAAAGAGUCAUUAUUUGAAAAA